AUGUCAGAAUUUGCACCUAUUUGUAUCUAUUUAGUGAUCAGUCUGCUAGUUUCUUUGAUCUUACUCGGUCUUCCUUUUCCCUUUGCUUCCAAUAGUUCGACCUAUCCAGAAAAAUUGUCGGCCUACGAAUGUGGUUUCGAUCCUUUCGGUGAUGCCAGAAGUCGUUUCGAUAUACGAUUUUAUCUUGUUUCCAUUUUAUUUAUUAUUCCUGAUCCGGAAGUAACCUUUUCCUUUCCUUGGGCAGUACCUCCCAACAAGAUUGAUCCGUUUGGAUCUUGGUCUAUGAUGGCCUUUUUAUUGAUUUUGACGAUUGGAUCUCUCUAUGAAUGGAAAAGGGGUGCUUCGGAUCGGGAGUAA